CGUGUCUUAGUCAUACCUGAAGGGAAGUUUUUUAUUAUUAUUAUCAUUAUUAUUUAUUUAUUCGGAUAAAAUCGAGAAAAAAAAUAGCCUCAAAGCGGACACAGAAAUUAUGAUGAAACCCUUGGAAAUCUAUAUAAAGCGUACUAUUUUAUUCUUUUCUUUUUUUUUCCUUAUCAAUUCAUAUCAACAUGGUUUUGGCAAACAAAUUAAACACCUGGAACAAGCUUCAACAAUACUACGACGCCGAGGGUAAGGAUAUUGUUAUCAAGGAACAAUUCGAAAAGGACGCCCAACGUUUUGAAAAAUAUCAUCGCGUCUUUAAGGGUGACAAGACAGACACUUCCAUCUUGUUUGAUUUCUCCAAGAACCGUGUCACUGAUGAAACUUUGCAAAUCUUGCUCGAAUUGGCCAAGGAAGCCAAGGUAGACGAAUUGCGCAAGAAGAUGUUCACUGGUGAACGUAUCAAUUUCACUGAAGACCGUGCUGUGCUUCAUGUUGCUCUUCGUAAUCUUUCUGAUACACCUAUCUAUGACAAUGGUGCUGAUGUGAUGCCUGAAGUUCGCGAAGUGCUUGCUCACAUGAAGGAAUUCUCAGAUGCUGUUCGUUCUGGUGCCUGGAAGGGUUACACUGGUAAGCGCAUUACUGAUAUUGUUAACAUCGGUAUUGGUGGUUCCGAUCUUGGUCCUGUCAUGGUCACUGAAGCCUUGAAGCCUUAUGCUCAAGAAGGUUUGAAGCCUCAUUAUGUAUCCAACAUUGAUGGUACUCAUCUUGCUGAGGUUCUCAAGUCAGUCAACCCCGAAACUACACUUUUCAUCAUUGCCUCCAAGACGUUCACUACUCAAGAAACUAUCACCAAUGCUGAAUCUGCAAAGGCUUGGUUCCUUGAAUCUGCUAAAGACCAAGCUCAUGUAGCUAAGCACUUUGCUGCUCUUUCUACCAACACUAAAUUGGUGACUGGAUUCGGUAUCGAUGCUAAGAACAUGUUCAAGUUCUGGGACUGGGUUGGUGGUCGUUACUCUCUCUGGUCCGCUAUUGGCCUUUCAAUUGCUAUCACCAUUGGUUAUGAAAACUUUGAACAACUUCUUCGUGGUGGUUAUGAAAUGGAUCAACAUUUCCUCAACACUCCUCUUGAGGACAAUAUUCCUGUCUUGAUGGCCUUGAUUGGUAUUUGGUACAACAACUUCUUUGGUGCUCAAACCGAAGCUAUUCUUCCUUACGAUCAAUACAUGCACCGUUUCCCUGCUUAUUUCCAACAGGGUAAUAUGGAGUCCAAUGGUAAAUACGUGUCUCGUUCAGGCGAACAAGUUCAAUACGAAACAGGCCCUAUUAUCUGGGGUGAACCUGGUACCAAUGGUCAACACGCUUUCUACCAACUUAUUCACCAAGGUACCAAGAUGAUUCCUUGUGAUUUCCUUGCUCCUGUUGAAACUCAAAACCCUAUUCGUGGUGGUAUUCAUCAUGACAUCUUAUUAUCCAACUUCUUUGCUCAAACCGAAGCCUUGAUGGUCGGUAAGAAUGAAGAACAAGUUCGUGCUGAAAUGGGCAGCAGUGUUCAAGAAAACAUUGUGCCUCACAAGGUUUUCAAGGGCAACAAACCCACCAACUCCUUCUUGUUCCAAAAAUUGACACCUGCUACUCUUGGUUCUCUUAUUGCCAUGUAUGAACACAAGAUCUUUGUUCAAGGUGCUAUUUGGGACAUUAACUCUUAUGACCAAUGGGGUGUUGAACUCGGUAAGCAAUUGGCCAAGGCUAUUUUGCCCGAAUUAUCUGCUUCUGGCAACGUUUCUUCUCAUGAUGGAUCCACAAAUGGUCUUAUCAACUAUUACAAGAACCACAAGAAACAAUACCAAUAAAAUUUUUUU